AUGACUGUGAAGAGGAAGAAAUUUCUUCGCUCUGCUGUGAAAAGUCGAUAUUCGCCUGAUCUCAAGGCCACAGCCGGACAAAGACUAUAUCAGGAAAUUUCCGGUUCAUUCGUCCCAAUAUGGACCGGAAGAGGGUUUUACUCUCAAGACCUGAAGCAAUUCAGAGGUAUGUUCCUUCAGGAUGAAAGGAUAGCGCCAACGAUGAAUGCAUUACGAGAUGGAAGUGAUAUCAGAAGGAUAAGGGAGUUGCCCUGGUACCUGGCCAAAUGCAUUCAAAAGAUGAAAAACAUGGUCGGGUGA